CCUUCUCCAUGGCGCCCGUCCAUUCGGGUCCCGGGGCGAGCGCGAGAGGGAGGCUCGCCGGCGCGUGCCGCUGCCUCCGGGGGCCGGGCUGGGGUGGGCGUGGCUCCCGCCGUGAAGCCGGACGGCGAGAAGAGGCGCAGGCAGAGGCUGGUGCUCGUCUUCGCGGGAGCGCGGGCCGGAGUUCAGCCCGCGCUCGUCUUCUCACGUGGCCCGGUAAGAGGCGGCUGCAGCGGUCGGUCAGCCGGCCGGCGACUCGUCCCUUCUCCUGACCUUCUCCGGUUUGCCCGUGGCUUCUGAGCGGGGAGGAAGGGCUCGGGCAUUUCUUUCGACGAGGGAGGGUGGCCGGCUCUGGAGUCCUCGGCGUCGGGAGGGCUGCAGCGUUUGUGGCAUCAUCUCCGUGGAGGCUGGAGAAAGUCUGAGGAAGGGAGCUGCAGAGAGGCUGCCAGCCCGCGCUUCCCUCCGGCUGAUCCACCUGCCGUCGGGGCUCUUGCUUUCUUGAACCUGGGGCGGCUUCGCCAAGGAGCAGAUAUUGCCCUCGUCUCCUUAUUUCGGGGCGAAGGCGCAGCUCUUUCUUGCUUGAACUUUCCGAAGGGUGGGAUGAAGAACUUCCUCUCGCCAAGUUCUCGCCCUGCCACAAAAAAUUGGCUCCACAAUUAGGGAAUCCUCGUAAAAAGGAGGCAUACCAUUUGGGGGUCAUGAACCUUUUGGGAGGUCCAGCACGGCAAUCUGUAUCUACUCGGGAGUAAGAACAAAGGCAUGAGCUUCAUAAAUCCUUGGUUCAGAGGAAAUGUCACAGUACCAUUUAUCUGAAGAAUAAAGGAAGUAUGAAAGAAAAACCUAUUGGACUCUGAAUUCUUGGACCACAAACAAACUUACUUCAAAAAUGGUUCAGUACAAAAAUAUUGCUGCUCAUUUUUUGGAAGAAUGGUAUCUGCAGGAGCCAUCAUUUGGCUUUAAGAAACAUCAACAUAUAAGGAAAAAACAGAGACUGAUUCGGAUAACAGGACUUUUUCUGGGUAUUAUGGCCAUGAGCACACUUUCACUUUCAGUCAGUGCCUUUUUCCAGUUGGAACCUUAUAGCACAAAGACAAUCAGCAGUCCGGAUAGUGAAAAGUCCAAGUCAGUGCAUCAAAGAACUUUAUUGGGCUAUCAAGAACAGAAUCAAAACAAUACUCCAGAUUCACCUAUUCCUUUGAAAUUAACAGAUGAAUUUAAUAACCACACAGAACGUUCUCAUGGGGACUACCCAACAGAUCUUUUUUCUCUUGCGGAAAGACGACGGGGUGCUGUGAUCCUUCAUAUCAUUGGGAUGAUUUACAUGUUUGUAGCCUUAGCUAUUGUCUGUGAUGAGUUCUUUGUUCCUUCACUGACAGUCAUCACAGAAAAACUGGAAAUUUCUGAUGAUGUUGCUGGGGCAACCUUUAUGGCCGCUGGUGGCUCAGCCCCAGAACUCUUUACUUCUUUAAUAGGAAUCUUUGUAUCUCACAGCAAUGUUGGCAUUGGAACAAUAGUUGGAUCUGCAGUAUUCAACAUCCUGUUUGUGAUUGGGAUGUGUGCUUUAUUUUCUAAACAGAUUUUGCACCUUACUUGGUGGCCACUCUUUCGGGAUGUAUCCUUUUACAUCCUAGGCUUGAUACUGCUAAUCAUCUUUUUUUUGGAUAAUUUCAUUAGGUGGUGGGAAAGUUUAAUAUUGCUGAGUGCAUAUAUAUGCUAUGUGACUUUCAUGAAAUUCAAUGCGCAAGUAGAAGAAUGGGUGAAAAGUAAACUUAGCAACAACAAAGUGGAUAAAGUAUCACCAGAACCUGAUGUAAAGCCUAAACCAUGCCUCCAAAGGGGUGGAAGUUCUGCAUCUCUGCACAAUAGUGUAAUGAGGAACAGCAUUUUCCAACUUAUGAUCCACACACUUGAUCCACUGGCUGAAGAGCUUGGAUCAUAUGGAAAGCUAAAAUAUUAUGACACAAUGACUGAAGAAGGAAAAUUCAAAGAAAGGGCAUCUAUUCUUCAUAAGUUGGCCAAAAAGUCCCUGGAAAUAGAUGGUGAACAACGGAAUGGAAGAGCCAAAAAUGCUGAAAAAAUUGAAGUUGAAGUGACACCACCCACUGAUGAACCAGUGCAAAAUGGAACUGCUGUUGGUGCAGAAGAGGAAGAUGAUGAUGAUAGUCAACCCCUCAGUCUGGCCUGGCCUGAUACGCCCCGGAAGCAGUUUACGUAUCUGAUUAUUUUGCCUGUCGUUUUUCCAUUAUGGGUGACUCUACCUGAUGUUAGAAAUCCAUCAUCGAAAAGGUUUUUCCCUUUCACAUUUUUUGGAUCCAUCUCCUGGAUCGCUGUAUUUUCUUAUCUAAUGGUCUGGUGGGCGCAUCAGGUUGGAGAGACCAUUGGAAUCAGUGAAGAAAUUAUGGGCUUGACCAUUUUAGCUGCUGGUACCUCUAUCCCUGACCUAAUCACCAGUGUCAUUGUGGCACGAAAAGGACUUGGGGACAUGGCAGUCUCUAGUUCUGUAGGAAGUAACAUCUUUGAUAUCACUGUGGGCCUUCCUCUGCCGUGGUUCAUCUAUACUGUAAUUAACAACUUCUCCCCAGUGGAAGUGAGCAGCAAUGGGUUAUUCUGUGCUAUUGUUCUUCUCUUCAUCAUGCUUCUCUUUGUCAUCCUCUCUAUUGCACUCUGCAAAUGGAAGAUGAACAAGUUCCUAGGUUUUACCAUGUUCGGGCUCUAUUUUAUAUUCCUGAUUGUCAGCGUCCUUCUGGAAGACAGGAUUAUUGUGUGCCCCGUGUCAGUCUAAUAGGACGGAAAUACUCCUUUGGGAACAACAAUCAAACCGACAACAACUGAAGGGAAAAAAACUAAAAACAAAUUGUAUCUUUAGAACUGUCCAACUUAAAAA